AUGGUUGGGAAGGCCAGAUCUUCUAAUUUUACCUUAUCUGAAAAGCUCGAUUUGCUAAAACUGGUGAAGCCCUACGUUAAAAUUCUGGAGGAACAUACCAAUAAGCAUUCCGUAAUAGUGGAAAAAAACAAAUGCUGGGAUAUCAUAGCUGAUAACUACAAUGCCAUCGGAGUAGAUCGCCCUCCUCGCACCGCACAGGGCCUGCGCACGCUGUACAAGAGGCUCAAAGAAUAUGCCAAGCAGGAGCUGUUGCAGCAAAAGGAGACUCACUCAGAUUGUAAAAGCAGCAUUUCCGAGCCAACCAAGAAAGUUGUGGAGAUGAUUCCACAGAUUUCCAAUGUGUGUUUAAGGGACAGGAGCGGUGUUCCAAGUGCUAAUAUCGAUAAAGAAACAAUUGCUGGCACCAGUUCACCACAGGCAAUGCUGGAUCACCACCCUGCCACAGUCAUGAUGGAGCUGCAGUCAGAAGAGGAUGUCAAACCUCCUGCUUCUUUGAUUAUAGACUCCCAGCAAAAUGAGAACUUGGAACAAGAGGAGGAACACCAAUUGGUGCAUAUUAUGGAGAGGUCUCCUUCAACAUCAGUGUCUUCAGUUGAUAUGAGAGUAAUGAUGUCUCCCUCUCCUGUCCCAAGAAGAGAUGAGUUCUUUAGGCUUGAGGUCGGAGAACGCUUUAGACCAAUGUGCGGUUAUGACCCACAGAUGCUACAAAUGCUGAAAGAGGAGCAUCAGAUAAUAUUAGAAAAUCAAAGAAAAAUUGGUCUUUACGUCCAAGAGAAAAGGGAUGGUUUGAAAAGAAAGCAGCAACUGGAAGAAGAACUGUUGAGAACAAAAAUUAAAGUAGAGAAGCUGAAGGCAGUACGACUACGCCGGGAUCUGCCAGAAUACAGCAAUAUCUAA